CAAAGUCUGUUGGUCAGUGUUCUUUCAAAUUAUCUCCUAACGAACACUUUAGAGUAUUCGCUUUUAGCUGUUUUAAAGUCUACCUCAUUCAUAAACACGUCAGUUGAAGCGGUAUUUCAAACCUUCCAGAGUGACUGUCACGCCCAGUAAAGAGCCGUUCAGAAUAAGCGAAUCGUUCUUCAGUCGCACACUCUCUAACUGUUGCAGCUGCCCGGAAAGCUAGUUUUAGUGAACUGGCUAGCUGCUAGCAGUAGCCAGGUGGAUCACAGCGACUUGUUCAUUAGCUACUUGAUGUGUUUAGCUACGGUGUUUACUAAAGUUGCUUUCCCAGACAGCGCAUAAGUGGAGGGGAAUUCACCAAAACUGGCAGAGUAGCAAUGGAAGGCGACGACUGCAGUUUUCCUCCAGAUUCAUCGGAUGAUCACUCGAAUAGAGGAAGUGUUGCUUCUUCUGCAACACUUUCCCGUGCUCAAGAUGUGCUCAUAUACCUCUGUGGUGAAAGUGCAGUGCACUUAUCAGUAGAAGGGCUUGGUAGUGUCUCCGUGCAGGAGUUGGGCCGCAGUGUUCGUGAGGCUCUCCACAUUCCUGAGUCUACACAGGAUGCUUUUGCCUUCUGGCUUAGUUCUCCGCUGCUCGAAUUGCAGUUAAAGGCGAGGCAUCAACCAUACAAACUGUGUCGGCAGUGGCAGGACCUGCUGUAUCGCUUCACUGAGGCCUCCGAGGAAGACAUCUCACAAGAUGAACCAUGUCUCCAGUACCGUCGGAACGUUUUUUAUCCUAAAUCUAAAGAGCUGCAGAUAGAUGACGAGGGUGUGCUGAGGCUUCUGUAUGAGGAGGCCAGGGGAAACAUUCUCACGGGUCGAUACCCCUGCGAUCCCGAGCACUGGACGGGUCUCGGAGCCUUGUCUCUUGCUCUUGACGAGGGAACUGGUCUUGACGAGCAACAUUUUACUACAACUAUAAGAGAGAAGAAGCUCUCCUCUUUUCUGCCUGCACACGUUGCCAUGGGGAGCGGCGGCUUGCUCUCCACUCUGAGGGGGAAGUCGAGCCGUCAGACGGGGCUGGAGCAGAAACUCUUGGAGGAGUACAGAAAGAUCAGCCCAUCUGCUGGAAACCCUCCUGAGCCCACGCAGCUCCUACACCAGUACCUCAACACAUGUCACACUCUGCCUUAUUAUGGGUGCGCUUUCUUCUUUGGGGAGAUCGACAAACCGGUGCAAGGGAUUCUCCAAAGGGCCAAACGCAAAGCUGUCAACGUUGGGAUCUGCCUGGAGGGAGUCUAUGUGAUGGAUGUCAAAGAAAAGCACAUGCUGCUCGGCCUGCAUUUCAACGAGCUUUCCUGGGACCACAGCUACCCCGAGGAUCAGGGGGACUCACACAUUCUGUGGCUGGAGUUCGAUGGAGAUGAAGACGGCACUCCUGUCAACAAGUUGCUAAAGAUCUACUCAAAACAAGCAGAGCUAAUGAGCGGCUUCAUCGAGUUCUGUGUAGAGCUGAAGUCUGCGUCUGAAGGAGGAGCUGCGGCCGAAAUGGACGGCGAGGUGAGUCUGUCUCAGCAGCCCGCUGGGCAAGACGGCAGCAACAAGAACGGACGCGGAGGAAGGCGCGGGAUGCUGCGCAGGCAAAGCAGCGUCUUGUGCAGCCGGGUCCAUUCUCUUAACACUAUCAGCUACGUGGACAAUGGAAAAGAAAUCAAACGCUUGAAGCCGAAAAGAGCUGCGUCCUUCUUUGCCCGACAGGCGUCUGUGCCCACGUACUCUGCUGUGCAGGUGACGGAGAGCCUGGAGCAGGGUUAAUGUCGCCGAUCAGCUCGGCCCCAAGCCUCUCAAAUAAAGACCAAACCUGAACAUUUUACACUGAGAUUUAAAGACUUUGAUACAAGCUUGAGACAUUUAACUGAUAAUAUAUGAACAUGCAAAGGACCAAGCGAGGGAUCUAAGUGUGAGUGACAAUAUUUAUCUUUUGAAGUUGUGUGUAUAUUAAGAGAGUACGGUAAUGUGAAAAACAAAAAGGAUCUAUUAACCGCUAUGCUUCCAAGGUUAAACUGAAGUGGCUAUUCAUUAGAUGGCCUUACAUCCAGAAAAUCUAGCGUUCUCUGAGCACCAUAUCAUCGACCUCCUUUUAUGAGUCUGAGACGAGCCUUAGAGAAAUGACUGUAUGAUACCUUCCUGCAGCGCUCUGGAGCUGUUUGCUGUUAAUAUUGAAAAAUGGAAAACCUCAUUAGAGUAUAACCACUGCAGUACCUCUUUUUACUCUUAUUGGGGGUUUGAACAUCGAGAACAGUAUAUCUCCGUAUAGCAUUAAACAUUUUGUAAGAGUUACCACAAACUCUUUACCGUCAGCAUGACAAACACUUUCAGGGGACGAUCAGAGGGGGUGUGUUCCCACUAUUCUGCUUUUUCAAACUGCCAGUGCCUUGUUCUCAUCAAAGGGUGAAGACACUUUAGAAAAGCACUGGUAAAAACAUUUAGCGGUUAGUGUUACUGGUCAUAAAGGGUCCGUAUGGGAGCACAUUGUCUGUGUUGUGGAAGCUUCUUGUAAGUACAUGCUUUUUAAGAGAUAAUUAAUAUUUGCAGUUCACUUUAAAAACAAUUUGAUUUUCAUUUGUAAAAGCGGAUUAGCGUGAAUGUAGUCUAAACAUGUAAAAUAACAGGAUAAAAUAGAAAUGUUUCCAUGUAUUGCAGUAUCAAGUCCUCUUUGGUGAACAUUAAUUUAGUUGCAGCAAUAAAAGGAUCAAAUUAGUGUCAAAAACCACCCAAACCAUACACUAAGUUAGUAAAAAAUAAUCAGAUAAAUGCUCGUCAAGCAAUUAAUGAAUCUUGCAACUCUCUUAUUCCUGCCACUGAAUGGUUGGUAUGUCAUAUUCAAAGUUUAACUUCCAGUUGGCACCAUCAGUACACCCAUGCACAGGUCAUGACUUGACUAUAACUCGCUUGGUCAAACCUGAUUAGCAAAGUAGAACUGAUGCAAUAACGUACUUGUGCAACUUCUGACAUGAGAGUGACAAAAAAAA